GAUAUUUAUCUUUACAUAAACCCAGAGUUCUUUGAUUACGAUUAUUUCCCAGCAUUAUCACCCUAUCAUUGUAAUGCAACUUGCAAAGAAAAAAUGAAAGUUUAUUUCAAAGUAUUAUUGGAGUUACAUUAUAAAUGGACCAUGCAAUAUAUAGAAGAUGCUAGAGUAGUUGAAGAUCUCAAAAGUGAAGAGAAAAAAUCAAUUCAUUAUCCAAACUUAUUAGCCUAUUACAGUUUUUUUGAAAAUAGACCAUUGGACGAAAUUGCCGAAGAGAGAAUGCUAAGGUUUUCUAAAGUUGGUUUAUUGGAUGGGAAGCCAGUAAGAUUAUGUGAUCUACAAGGGGAUACCAAAUGUGAUUUUGACGCAACAAAUUUAGAAGAA